UAGUAUGGCGCUCACUGGGUUUGACAGAGCAGAGUUAGAGGAGAAGUUGGCAGACGCUGAACAGAGAGUUAUUAAGUCGGGUCAGCACAUCCAGGUGCUCGACCAGCAGAUCAAGGAGCUCGAGGUGCUCUACAAGCGCGCACAGAAAUCCAAGAAGCACGCUAGCAGAUACAAUCUUAGGCUUAAACUCAGUGUGUUAUCAGGAAUUAAGAUGAUGUACCAUCACUACCAGACCAGCAAACAAGAAGAGAUCACAAAGUUUCGAAAUGAACUAUACAGUGAUGAAUAUCAACUAGGAAAUCAUAGAAAUGAGCAGAUGUAACUCAUUGUUUAUCAAAUAUGGAAAUCAUUCACAGUUAUGGACUCCGAUUCUGAUUACGAGACCGAGGAAGAGACCUUACUCCACGUUGAGGUUUCAGGCCUUCUCCAGGAGGAUCUCCGGCUUAGCUCCUCUACUCCAGUCCGAUUCAUCCAACUAGACUCUGACCAACCUCUGGUACAGGUUGGAAACCAAGUUUUUAUUGGAGAAUUCCAGGAUACGGUGGGAACCUCGCUCUUCUUUUCCCAGUCGGAGAACAGGGAGGAGGUGGACCCCGUCUUCGGGAGACAGAUCACCACCAAGGUUGAGUAUCUCAACUCAUCCAGGAAAAAAUUAAAACUGAAACGUGUAUUUCUAAAAGGUAAACAGGAGUGUGGUCUCCCGCUUACCAGUGAUAAAAAACCUUGUGAAAACAAAGAACUAAACCAGCCGCAUACACAGGGUUAAUCUAGGAGUUAU